AUUCCCACAACACUGUCGCUCAACAAUUUUUUUGAAUCAAUCGAACAACCGGUCACCUCUUGUCAACCAUACUAAACAACUUUUGGCAAAACCGAUCUAGGUCAAACACCACCUGACGAACCUUCUUUAAGUAUUCAGGCUGUUGUUUUCUGCGUGCUUUCGACAUGCGCAUAAGAGAAGGACAAGGAAGCAGACUGGUAAGUCUCCCUCUUUGAUUACACAGAUGGCGAAGGUGACGACGAAAAGGGAAAAGAGGACGCAUACUGAUCUGCUUAAGUUUGAUUGUACAGACGCUGAGGACGAAGCCACACUCCGUCGCUCAAAACAUCAACUCGCUCCCCUGGUGUUUCUCUUGAACCCAUCAGAGUCCAGACACAAGCCACCAUCCUGUUCCAAGGGGAGAUCAAUCUCACGGCAGAAUAAAGACGCCGCAUUUGCUUUUCACUGGAGUUUCCCUCAACCCAUCUCAAGAGACCCUAGGGUAAUUGAGUGCCCAAUCUCUCCAGAACAACACGCGGAACAAAAAGCCAUCACCCCUGUUUUCACUACCAGAUUCACAAGUGGUGUCACCUCCCCAGGAAUACGCAACUUCUUGUUCAAGAGUCACAGUAACUGGUCAAAAGCAAAUUUCUCUCGUCUUUCCUUUACGACAGCCAGACUACAACAGCGUAUACGACAGCUAGGGAAAAGCCAACUACACUCUCUCAGCAAUCAUCCAGCUCCAGUCCGACUGCCAAUAUAACAUCCAGACCCAGCUGAUCAUAUCAACAACCGAGCCAAAAUCAUCAAGUUCUCUAUUGAAAGAGCAGACUGGUGCGGAAAAGAAGACCAUUUGCAGAAGGCCUACAAAUUUCACCCCAAUUGAAAUCCAAAGGCGUCUUGGCAAGACGAGGCACAGACAAAGGAUAUAUAAUACAAGUCCCUCGUCAAGCGUGCUCUAUGCAGACAAAGAUUCCGAUAGUGAUAAAGGUCUGACUAUAACGGUACGUAAAGCUCCAUAAUUCAUGUGAUGGUCACAUUCGCAAGAUGAAGCACUGACAAUAGUUAGAAUAAGCGAGACUUCGGCCACCAAGAGAUCCACGACUCACCAGCGACUUAUUGCAAUCAAUGUCAUCAACACCUUGAACCUCGCAAUAUCGAUAAUUCCAAAGCUCAAGACUACAGCUUCAGAGUGCGGUACCACCCCACGUCUUCAGAUGGUUGUAAGUGACGCCCAUCUGAUUGCCAGGUUCGCGGAGCUCAAUGAAGCUACGCUUUCUGAGAAUUUGGAUGACGAACUCCCUCUCUCUUCGUUCUUCUUGUACCUUAUGGGGACCGAUAACCAACGAGCAAACUUGUUCGUGGGCUCUCCACCCAUACGAUCAAGUACUCCGCAACCAGCGAAUAGCGCAAGCCAACAACUUCGAAUCGUCACACCGGAAAGAAAGCAUCAAGUUGACCAUAAGUUUGCUAUCUGGCACUAUAGCAAAGUCUCUACUGUUCUUCUGCGCCAUAAUGUUGCCGUGGCUUCUUCCCUCAGUAAACAGAGUCUACUCGGUUAUUCAUGGUCCAACCCUUGCCGAUAUCGCCAAUCAACCUGCGGAAUUUAUUGA